AUGCAUGGGAAAGCAAAUCGAAGGGUUGGCGCAGAGUACUAUGCUCCAUGCUUUACGCCCGAUAUGCUUGACCAGGUCUCUAACGCCAGGCCCGGAGAUUUGCUGUUCCUAGCGCUGCCCGUCUCGGAAAACUGGCGCUCGCUCGUUGAUACGAACAAGACCGCGUCCGUGUUUGUCGGCCCGAACCCCGAUCCGCACGUCGUGGAUGUGCGCCACAGCGACCGCUCUAUCAGUGGCCGUGUGCACUGGGCUAAAGACCGCCCUGUGUUCCGCAAGGGGAUGGCGUCCAAGGCGCGCUCGGCCUUGUACGGAAAAAUGGUAUCCCUGCCCACGACUGCGCCCUAUCUCGACGCACUGCAUGCGUGCUUUGUACAGCAUCAUCCCGAUGCAGAGGCAUGGGUUCCUGGCUCGCGCAAAAGUCCGCACGUUGCACAAUGGGUCCGUUUCACGCCGCACAGGAUUUACUAUGUGGGCGGAUUCGGCGACGAGCACUAUAUUGGCGAUCUCGACAUGGACAUGUACCGCAAGACGACAGAGCAGCGUGAUGGGGCAUACUAUAAACAAGCACCUCUUUUCGAUAGUUUUUUACGUAUACAGUAA